AACCACCCGAAGAGAAAAAAAGAAGGGGAACCCAGCCAUGCCUUGGAAAACCGGUGAGAAAGCUUGAUUUUUCCCUUCUUUUUUUGUCCAAGAACCUGAUUUGAAACCCAGAAAUUCUUUCCCCUUGCUGGAAAUCCAGAUCUGCUCUGCUCUGUCUUCCUCACCUCCAGCUGCCCUUGAUUUUGGGUGAAUUCUGGGCAUUUUUUCGGUAAGAACAGCCCCUAAUUUCCUUUGUUCUUGCUUGAAUUGGCUUGGGUUAACUUUGAUUGCUCUUAUUUCCUUCAAUUUUGGGUAGUUCCGUGAGCUUCCCCCCGCAGAUCCCGCCGGCCUUCCCCAAUCUGCUAGCUCCGGUUCCUUGCUUGUAAAUUCUGGAAAUGGAGAUAAUUUCGGUAGCUUUAAGAUGAGAUUUAAGCAUUAAUUUAAGUGGGAUUUAUGUGAUUGAGUGUUAAUUGACUGCUGUGAUUUUUGGAGUGAAAUCCCGUGAGAUUAGCUAGUGUUUUGGCCAAUUUUGGAAGUGGAGUUACUGUUCACGUCGGGGUCACUGUUCACGUCGGGGUCACUGUUCACCUGCACUGUUCACUGGUUACUGUUCACACCCCGAGGGCCAACAAUUAACGGGAAUUUAAAUGAUUAGUUUGUGAUAUGAGAACGAAUUUGGAGAUGUCCGAUCAUGUGGAAAGUGAUAGAAAUAGCAUUGUGAUUAGGAAUGAUCCUAAUGAUGAUUUCAGCUUGAAUUUGUGAUAGUACGAUAUUAAUUGUGGUAUAUUUUGAUUAGGUUCCUGAUCAUUUUGUCAGUUUAGCACGUGAAUUGAGUGCUCGGUUUUAUGCAAGUAAGGAUGUGAAAUCGAGGACGGGAGAACCACGAGAAGUGACGAGUUAGAAAGCUAGCCAUUUCGGAAUUGGAUAUAAAUUUUAGAAAUAAAUCAUGAUCUUGUAUUUGGAAAUUUUAUGAUAUCAGAGAGAAAUUUAUAAUUUGAUCUUCAGAUUUUAGUGGUAUCAGAGUGUGGUGUGAUAAGUUCCGAGCCUUGUGCAUUUGUGGAACCCGUCUCACGAGUGCACGGCGUCUGUCGCGUCUCGAAAUUGGGUUUUGGGGCGUGACAAAUAAAGUGGUAUCAGAGCUUAGGUUGAAAUACAGAGCUUGGUUUAAAUUAAGAGUUUUGGAUUAAAUUAAGCACCUCCAGAUUGAGUGGCAUUAGAGCAGAUUGAGUGAUAUCCGAGCCUAGGUUUAAUUGAAUACCUAGGAUUUGUUUUGGACUUGGCUAGCCAGUGGAUUUUAGAACCGUGGUGAGACGAGUGAUGGGGUAUAUAAGGAACGAUUCUGAUUCGUGUUGCCUGAAUAUUCUAAUCCAUUCUGAUAAGAUGGAUAUCUGAUUGUUCUUGUUUCCUGCCUUUAUAUACCCUGUGUAGAUCCAUGAGAUUAAUCUUGUCCGCCAUGUUCUUAAGACCUUUGGAAGAUGGGCAACCCUCUACUUUGCAAGAGAUUCAAGGCUAUUUUAGCAAAUGUUGUGUGUUUUCUAGCUACGUUUUAGGAGCUGGAUAACUUGGUAAUUCCGUUGCUCCUUAUCUUCUGAAAGUCUUAUAGUGAAGUUUCACUUUUUCCAUUUAGAGCUUCAUGGUCUUUUCAUGUGGCUCAUUUUUUUCUAUAUUGGUUAAUCAAGAACAGUGAUCAUUCAAUUGAAAUUGUCAUCUUUUUGUAAAGAUUGGCAAGUUGUCAUAAAGUUAGACUCUUCAUUGUUGCUAAUCUUUACAUUCUUGAUACCUGGAAAUUGCUUGAAACUCUUGAAAUCCGUCUUGAAUCUUUCUUGAUAUUGCUUGUGCUUGUUCUUGAAACUGAAAUCCAGAAAUGGAUAAUGAUUAUCGAAGUCCUCAUUAUCUUGAUACUUGUCUGAAAUUGAUUCUUGCACUGUUCUUAAAAUCUAUUUUGAGUUGACCUUGAAAACCAUUCUUGUUCUGACCCUUGUUCUUGCUCAAAUUCUGUAUAUUGCUCUUGCUCAAAUCUUGCAUAUUUUGCUCGUUCUUGUUUCUGUAUACCUGAUGAUCUUCUUGAUUUUUUAUUUUGUUCAUAUGGACACCUCUUUAGGAGGGGUGACGAUUCAGAAGAUACCUAUAUGAGAAUUUACAAGGCAUCCAUGCACUUGUUCAUUCAUUCAUGAUUCAUAUAUUUAUUGGAUGCUUAUCUGUCUUUGAAAGAGUUCAAAGUUUUGUUGUACUUGUCUUUAAAUCCAUGCCAUUCUUUGUCAACUCGUCUUGUGAUGGGUUCGAAGCGUAACCCCACAAUUGUUCUUUUGUGGCUUUGGCAGGAUUUAUUUUUAUUCCUUGUGCUUCUCAUAUCACCCCAACCUCCAGUAGCUUGUUUCAUGGUAAAUCCUAUUAAGUGAUUAAUGUUCUGCUUUUAAGAUUAGUCGUGAUUUGUUAUCAGAGUGGCGCAGAGGAAGCAUAGUAAGCCAUGUCUGUUCAUAGAAAGUUAGUGAGGCAUUUGUUUGUCUUGGAUUGUGUGAAGCCAUUCACCAGUCUAGAUGAUCCUCAAUUUGAGUUUUGGGGACAAAACUCCUUUUUAGGAGGGGUGGAUGUAAUACCCCAAAAUUUUGUGCUAUUUUAACUUUUAACCCGUGUGUUCUGCUCUUUUUCUUGUCUUCCCGCUGCAGCCACCCGAAGAGAAAAAAAAAGGGGGAACCCAGCCAUGCCUUGGAAAACCGGUGAGAAAGCUUGAUUUUUCCCUUCUUUUCUUGUCCAAGAACCUGAUUUGAAACCCAGAAAUUCUUUCCCCUUGCUGGAAAUCCAGAUCUGCUCUGCUCUGUCUUCCUCACCGCCAGCUGCCCUUGAUUUUGGGUGAAUUCUGGGCAUUUUUUCGGUAAGAACAGCCCCUAAUUUCCUUUGUUCUUGCUUGAAUUGGCUUGGAAAUAAAUCAUGAUCUUGUAUUUGGAAAUUUUAUGAUAUCAGAGAGAAAUUUAUAAUUUGAUCUUCAGAUUUUGGUGGUAUCAGAGUGUGGUGUGAUAAGUUCUGAGUCUUGUGCAUUUGUGGGACCCGUCUCACGAGUGCACGGCGUCUGUCGCGUCUCGAAAUUGGGUUUUGAGGCAUGACAGUGAGAG